AUGUCGCAACAGGAGACCGAGGGUGUGCACACUUGGAUUCGGGUCCUACAGUCCUUGUGUCAGAUCGGGAACCUCUUCUCCAAAACCAAAGUUCUCUCAAGUGACCUUGAGCGCCCGGUUCUGACAAUUGUCCUAAACAAUCCUGUCUUUUCAGGCCACGGAGGGCUGAAUCAGUUAGGAGGGGCCUUUGUGAAUGGCAGGCCUCUGCCAGAAGUUGUCCGUCAACGCAUUGUGGACCUGGCCCAUCAGGGCGUGAGGCCCUGUGAUAUCUCUCGCCAGCUCCGUGUCAGCCAUGGCUGCGUCAGCAAGAUCCUUGGCAGGUACUACGAGACUGGCAGCAUCCGGCCUGGAGUGAUAGGGGGCUCCAAGCCCAAGGUGGCCACCCCCAAGGUGGUGGAGAAGAUCGGGGACUACAAGCGGCAGAACCCUACCAUGUUUGCCUGGGAGAUUCGGGACCGGCUCCUGGCAGAAGGCGUUUGUGACAAUGACACUGUGCCCAGUGUCAGCUCCAUCAACAGAAUCAUCCGAACCAAAGUGCAGCAACCCUUCAACCUCCCCAUGGACAGCUGCGUGGCCAGCAAGUCUCUGAGCCCAGGACACACGCUGAUCCCCAGCUCAGCCGUAACACCCCCAGAGUCACCCCAGUCGGAUUCCUUGGGCUCUACCUAUUCUAUCAGUGGGCUCCUGGGCAUCGCUCAGCCUGGCGGUGACAACAAGAGAAAGAUGGACGAUAGUGACCAGGACAGCUGUCGGCUGAGCAUCGACUCACAGAGCAGCAGCAGUGGUCCCCGAAAGCACCUUCGGACGGACGCCUUCAGCCAGCACCACCUCGAGCCGCUCGACUGCCCAUUUGAGCGGCAGCACUACUCGGAGGCCUACGCCUCCCCCAGCCACACCAAAGGCGAGCAGGGGCUGUACCCACUGCCCUUACUCAACAGUGCCCUGGAUGAUGGGAAGGCCACCCUGACACCUUCCAAUACACCCUUGGGACGCAACCUCUCGACUCACCAGACCUACCCGGUGGUGGCAGAUCCUCAUUCACCCUUCGCCAUAAAGCAGGAAACCCCAGAGCUCUCCAGUUCUAGCUCCACCCCUUCCUCUUUAUCUAGCUCCGCCUUUUUGGAUCUGCAGCAAGUCGGCUCUGGGGGCCCAGCAGGUGCCUCGGUCCCACCCUUCAAUGCCUUUCCCCAUGCUGCCUCCGUGUACGGGCAGUUCACGGGCCAGGCCCUCCUCUCAGGGCGAGAGAUGGUGGGGCCCACGCUGCCUGGAUACCCACCCCACAUCCCCACCAGUGGACAGGGCAGCUAUGCCUCUUCUGCUAUCGCAGGCAUGGUGGCAGGAAGUGAAUAUUCUGGCAAUGCCUACAGCCACACCCCCUACUCCUCCUACAGCGAGGCCUGGCGCUUCCCCAACUCCAGCCUGCUGAGUUCCCCAUAUUAUUACAGCUCCACAACAAGGCCAAGUGCACCGCCCACCUCCGCCACGGCCUUCGACCAUCUGUAGUUGUCAUGGGGACAGUGGGAACAACCAGGCAAACAGGAGGACUUGGCCUGAGACAGGCCCCAGAGAGUCACACAAAGGAAUCUUUAUUUAUUACAUGAAAAAUAACCACAAUUCCAGCAUUGCGGCUCAUUCCCCGUGUGGUCAAUUUAAUGGACCGUGAAAGUCAGGAUGACCUUGGAGAAGGCCAAACUGUCCUUCAAGAUUCCUUUUGUGGGGGACAGGAGUUCCAGGAAAGCAAGACACAUCCCAUCUCAAAAGGGAUGGAAUUAGAGGAGAAAUGUACCCAGGCUGGUACCCACCAAAGGAGAAAAAAGGGAUCACAAAGAACUUAGAGGGAGAUCUGUCUGAGGGUGUACAAGGACCAGCUGUGUGAUCUUCAUCAGUACAACUCCAGCAAUUAUGGACUGUAAGCAAGUCCUUCUGGCCCAUGAGUCCUAGCCCAGAGCUACUCACGAGCCAUCCUAGGAGUUACCACCUGUAGCCUCUGCCACCUGCUGGGCAAGCCAACCAGCAACUUUCUGGGGAUGCCAGCUGACCUUCCCAUUUGUGUUGCUGUGAGCCUCCAGGCACCCCCUUGCCUCUCAACCAUCGGGCCAUCCCUCUGGCAGCAGUGAGGCAAGGCUCUCUACACAGAGCACCGCAAGACAUGACGGCUGGGACCACCACGCCCUCUUCUCAACAGCCAUGCCAAUUUGAGUGUGCUUUCUAUAUCUCCAGCCCGUGCAGCCACUGAAGAGACCCCUGAGGCCAGCAACAAGAUUCCCUCUCUGGCUUCUCAGCUCCUUCCCCCAACACCACCUCACUGUAAAUACCGCAAAACGAAGCUCUGUUUGGGUCAAGCUUCCCUCUUUCCGCCCCCAGACUUUGGCCUCUGAGUGCAUUCUUUCCCUACUAUGUUGGGCUUUUCUCCUUGAUACUUUUUUUGUUUUUUUUAAAGACA